UAUCGACCGAUAUCGCACGACAACGCGAGAGGCGGUGCCUUUCCAAUCACUCUUGUUCACACACCAAAUCGGCCUUUGGGCAAUUUGUUUUUAUAUACACACACACAUGCAUGCACGUUCGGAAGCAGGAGGAAACCAAAAACCAAAGGGGGAAACCAAAAACCAAUUUAUCUCAGGAAACAAUGGCGCCAUUGACUUUACGAGGCCGUAUGCAGAUGGCGGCGCUAAGGAAACAGCGUUUCAAAUCGAAGGCUAAGCAUAGAAGGAAUGGAAUGAAGACGAUGCGGGAAAGCUUCAAGAGGUUGAAGACGGAGAUGGAGGAAAUCAGCGAAGAACAGAAGAACAUCAGGGAAGGGCAAAGACAAGUUAAAAAAAAAUUCGAAGCGAUUGAAACAGAGUGUGAGGAAUUGAAGCGAGAAACUAGGCUCAUAAUCCAGCAGAGUGCCAGGACUCAGGUUAAACUGGCUCUAAUGUUCCGCAUUCUCAAAGCACGGGAAGCCGGAGACUUUAAUAUCGCUGCCCAUUUCACUGAGAUUCUCCGGACUGCCUACUCUCCUAGACCAAACAUGUACCAUGAAUUGGUGACUGAAGAUGAUGACAAUAAGACAAUCCUAUUGGGCAUUAAUGGAGAAUGAAUCGGUGACAGUUAAGAGGGGCGAGCUCUACAUCUAAAAUGCUCGUUCCAUGAAUGAAAAAUCCGGUGCUCAUAUCCUUGACUUCCAUCUCUUGUUUAUUCAAAUCCGGUUAUGCGAGGUGAUCAGGCAUGAAGCAUCCUUCCUUUUGAAUCAAUAACUUGUACUCUGUUUAUUCAAAUGUCUCUUUUCCUCAACCUUUGCGUCCCUUUCAAAAGAUCUUGAUGAUCUUGAUUGUCUUGUAAUCGAAACUAUAUCCCUCAAGACAGAUUAACUUGAUGGCUUCUUUUCAGUAGGUGUCUCAGAAGCCUGUGAAGGACCUGGCCCCGUUGCCACCACCCCAGUUGUUGUUGUUGUUGUUACUAGAUGAUUUGAAAUAAUAAAACCAACUAGCCAAUUUAACUUAUGCGUACUUCAUCCUUUUUCAACUGAAUAAGUAGUCUGGAAUUCAUAUCAUCUUUGCUGAUUGUAAGGUUUUGUUUCCCGAAAGAACAGCUAUAUAUUUAGAAAGUUGUUUGAGACAUACAUGAUUCCAUGGAUUCACUUGGAAACAUUUCUUAAUGCAAUGAAUUGCCUGUUACUAUCACCAGAUUUGUUAUCAUGAAUUUAUGAAAUGAAUUUUCUGGGUGCAAGUGAUGC